CUUAAUAUCAUCUGCUACUUUUUUACUCCUGGGACGAACGAUUCCCACGAUGAAGGACGUGAUCAAAGAAAAUUUGGAGGGAAUCGGAUGUGAUGAAGAACAAGACAAGACCAACAGUCGACCUUUGCAAACGGACUGGUCCAGUAUGAACACGAUGGGACUCCCCGGCGUCGUCGAAGCGUCCUUCCGCGACCCGCUAUCCGACCAAAAGCUCCGGCUGAGAAGCAACUGUCCAUUGGUCGAAGCUUCAAAUUCAAUUUGGAAUUUUCAAGAAAAUGAAUGGCGACUCACUUUCGUCGACGGUGAGGAGACUAGUCUACUGUAUUCCAAACAUGAAAAAAUUGCUCUACAGGAUUUCGAUGGCGAAGUGAGACCGGCCAUUGACGUCGAGCAAUUUCUUGAUCAGGAUUGUGUCCUUUUGCUGGAUGAAGAUGUUGCAGUGUCACAGAAUUAUUCGUCACCAGCUGAAUUGGUGGAUCUGUUGUUGGGUAGAAUGGAAUUGUCUGCAGCUGUUGCCGAAGAAGCCAAAACCAUCCUUUUCACGAAUGACUCUGUUCCAACAUUGAGAAGAACCAUUCAGGCAAUCUACAGCUCAAAAGACAAGAGCAAAGGAGAAUUUGAAUAUGACGAGUCAUGGGUCUGCACAGUGGCUGAUGUUCCAUCACUGAUGAAGCGUCACACUGCCAUCAUAAGAUUGAAACAACCAACCAACAUGGGUGACACUUGCCAUGAUGUCCAGCUGUUUGUUCUUAUUCUCUGCCCUGUUAAAGAGAAAAGCACUAAAAAUGGACUGGAGACCGGUCGCACGUUUGCCACUCUGUUGGCAGACGCGAACCUACGCCGUCAGCUGCUGGAAGUUACUACCGAGAAGGAAUUCAAGCGGCUUAUGUUGAAACGCACCCAAGAAUUGAUAGACGAACAACGUCAGAGUCGUGCAGCCGUUCCCAUCAAACUAGACAACGACGUCCAAUCAAAACCCAAAAGCGUAGAGACGAAGAAAAAUAUUUGGAAAUUUGGCCAGUUUGGGCAAGGCAUUCGCGAAGAUCUCUGCCGACGUCUUCCCCAUUACAUUUCCGACUACGUUGAUGGCGUCGUGGGCAAAAAGACGCCGCAAAAGGUUCUGUCGACGACCUUUUUCCUUUACUUUGCCUGUCUCCUUCCAGCCAUCGCUUUUGGGGUCCUCAACGAUCACAACACUCACGGCAAAAUCGGCGUCAAGAAGGUAAUAAUGGGGCAAACGAUCGGCGGUCUCUUUUUCGCCAUUUUUGGCGGCCAACCGCUUUUGAUUCUUCUAACAACCGCCCCACUGGCGCUCUACAUAAAAGUCAUUUCGAGCAUCUGCGACGAUUUUCAAUUGGAUUUCUUCGCCAUGUACGGAUGUGUCGGCCUCUGGUGCGCCUUUUUCCUUUUGAUCUUUUCGCUGUUUAACGUCUCGCGGCUGAUGCACUGGUGCACCCGGUCCACCGAGGAAAUUUUUGGCCUUUUCAUCUCGGUCGCCUUUUGUGUCGACGCUUGUCGUGACACGGCCAAAAACUUUCAAAAAAAUUUCUACUCAUCCCAAUGUCAAGGGGAAAAUGUCAUCACAAACAUCACCAACAGCCUUAGCUCAUCCUUGACGUUUUAUUCGUGGAAUGACACGAGGGCCAAUGACUCUGCCGAGGCUAUUACUUAUCCUAAUGAGGAGCCAAUGGGAGUCGAGUGCAACCAGGCGAGUUCGGUGCUUUUCCUUCUGUUGAUGCUGGGAACCGUCUGGCUGGGCGUUUCCAUCUUCAACUUUAAGAAAACGCCGUUUUUGUCGACUGGAAAACGGGAAAUCCUGGCAGAUUACGCAUUGCCCAUCGCCGUCGUCACGAUGAGUUUCGUCGGCUCAUUUUUCUUUCGAGAAGUUAAAGCUGAGCCAUUCCGCUAUGAUGACAGUGAAAAUGUUUUCACUGUGACGCCCCUGGAGCGACUUCCUGGACUGGCCAUUGCCGGGGCAAUGGGAUUAGGUUUCGCCUUGUCGCUUCUCAUUUUGAUGGACCAAAAUAUUUCGUCAGCCAUGGUCAACACGCCACUCAACAAUUUGAAAAAAGGACCGGCAUACCAUUGGGAUCUAUUUGUCAUGGCCAUUCUAACGGCCGCCUUAUCGGCUGUUGGCUUGCCGUGGAUGCACGCCCUUGUUCCGCAUUCGCCGCUUCACGCCCGCGCGCUGGCUGAUGUCGAGGAACGAGUCCAUCAAGGCCACGUCUAUCAAAUAAUUGUGCGAGUGCGUGAGACUCGACUGACAGUCCUUUUCUCCCACAUCCUCAUUGGCCUGUCGAUCAUGUUGUUGCCUUAUCCGUUGGCCUACAUUCCGCCGGCCGUCCUCAACGGCCUUUUCCUUUACGUGGCCGUUACUGGACUCGGUGGCAAUCAAAUGUUUGAGCGCAUCUCUCUCUUUUUCACAGAGCAAUCCGCUUAUCCUCCCAAUCACUACAUCCGCCGAGUUCCCCAGCGCAAAAUCCACCAAUUCACUGGAUGCCAAUUGGCCCAGCUGAUGCUCAUGUGUCUCUUUGGGUUUGUUCCGUGGCCUUACAUGAAGAUGAUUUUCCCUGUCAUUCUCCUUUCACUUCUCCCUAUUCGUCACUUGAUUGUCCCUCGUGUAGUUGAGGAUCGUUUUCUUAAGGCCCUGGAUAGUAGCGAACAUUAAAUUUUCCAGUUCCUUCUUCCGUACUUGACAUCGUGGGAGAUUUCAUUUUUGACACAUUAUACUUAUUGUUUAGUCUUUUGAGUUUUGGCCAUCUAACAUGAAUUAAAAUUUCGGUUUCAUGGAAUUGAACCGUUUUGUAUUGUUGUCAACUCGUCCCAGAAAUAAAUUUGAAUGUUAAAAGUA